GGCUGUGUUUACGGGUCAGAAGUACGUACGCGAAAGAAAUCUGACCGUGACUUCCUCGAGGUGUUCCAGAAGCCAAUUUUCCAGCGGUUGAACGUCUUCAUCGACCCCGGUCUGAGAUAGCGUGUACAUACACCGUGCGCGUCACCAUGUACGAAAUUCAGGGGCCCUGAGUGUUUCGGGGCGUGGGGAGGCCCGAAUGACACCGGUCGGGAGACAAGCAGCAGCAAAGUAGUAGUAGCAAGUAGCAGACAAUCUUUGGUGGUUGGCUCGAGCAUUCUCAGUAGCGCGACUCCGUUUCAGUCGCGCGGAAGCAGCCGACCGUUGCACGUGUUAACGGAACGGACGACAACCGUCACCAUCCAUGGGUUACCAGUACCCAUUCUCACAUCUGGAUACUUUGAAUUGACCACGAAAAAAUGGAAAUGCACAAAAACCCCUCUGUGAAGAAGAGUUCCUUGCGUGGUGACGAGAUGACUCUAAAGGAACCUCACAGGAAUGGCAGUACAUACGGGGCCUUCCAGUCGAAGGACCCUAUUUUGGCUGUGGAAAAAGGCGGCGAAAUAGAAGGCGGAAGCGAUGAGCAUGGAAUAUCCGUUCACCAUCCGACCUCGUAUUUAGAAACAAUGAUGCACCUGUUCAAAGGUAACGUCGGCUCGGGUAUCUUUGCGUUAGGGGAUGCUUUCAAGCAUGCCGGACUGCUGCUGGCUCCACCGCUUACCAUCUUCCUUGGCAUUAUUUGUGUUCAUGCUCAGCACAUUCUUAUUAAGUGUAACGAGGAGGUGACGCGUCGCGUUAAUGAUGCGGGUGCCACGACUGGAUUCGCUGGUACCGUGGAAUUGUGCUUCGCCACCGGGCCUCUCGCACUCCGAAAAUACUCCGUGUUUAUGAGACAAUUGGUUAAUGUAUUUUUAUGUAUCACGCAACUCGGAUUUUGCUGCGUUUAUUUCGUUUUCAUUGCGAAGAAUAUGAAGCAGGUGUUGGACGUGUACGGGAUCGACAUGAGCUAUCAUGAACAUAUGGCUGUGAUCCUGAUCCCCAUAAUGCUGAGCACAUGGAUCAGGAACCUGAAGUACCUGGUGCCUGUCUCGUCCAUGGCAAAUUGUCUGGUCAUAGCCGGCUACGUCGCCACCAUGUACAUAAUGUGCCACGAUCUUCCGCCGAUCAACGAGAGGCGGUACAUCGCCGAUUGGCACGAGCUGCCUCUGUUCUUUGGCACUGUGAUAUAUUCUUUCGAGGGUAUUACUUUGGUUUUACCUCUAAAGAACGAAAUGAAGAAACCGAGUAAUUUCAGUAAGCCACUGGGAGUCCUAAAUGUCGGAAUGGUGAUUGUCAGUGGGAUGUUCGUCGCGAUGGGUUUUAUAUCUUAUUUAAAAUAUGGCCCCGAUGUGGCUGGAUCUGUAACAUUAAAUCUCGAAUCGAAGAAUGUGGUGGAUGGAAAGAACAUCAUCGAGCAUUCAAGUUUAUCUCAGUGCAUAAAAGUUGCCAUCUCGUUGAGUAUAUUGCUCACGUAUGCAUUGCAAUUUUAUGUUCCCAUUGCGAUCAUUUGGCCGAGGAUCGUCAACCGCUUUGGUCCUUUCACGUGGCCUGUUCUAGCAGAGACCAUUUUCCGUUCCUCCAUGUGUUUGUUAACAUUUAUCCUAGCAGAGGCUAUACCUCAAUUGGGCCUGUUCAUAUCACUAGUCGGUGCAGUUAGCAGCACUGCUUUAGCACUGAUAUUCCCGCCGAUUAUGGAGAUGGUUGUGUGCUGGCAGAACGCAUCUCUAGGUUUCUGCACGAUAUCGAAAGACAUAAUAAUAGUGCUUAUCGGUCUUCUGGGCUUCGCUACCGGGACAUACGAGAGCAUCUCCUCGAUCAUUCUCGCGUUUAGCAAGUAACUAGGCUAGUUUGUAUAAAUCGUUGUUACUUUUUACUUGUACGCAUACACGCGCGGUAUUAACGGAUCAUGACAUCUACGCGAGCAUAUAGGCAAUGAUUAUUCGUUUGAACAAUGUCGAGAUUCUUUUGCCUUUGAAAUUCUUUAGAUCACCGUAUUAUUUAUUAACCUAGCACAUCUUAAAUUAUGUGAAUCUUGCGUCUUACAUUCGUUAAUCUCCGAAUCCUUUUUUUAUUGUAUAUUCGCGUUGCAUUGUCUUGGUUCACAAAAAAAUAACUUCGUCAUCUGUGAUCUGUCCGUAAAUCGAUAGUGCGUCUAUUAGAAUCCUCUACUUCUACGAACAGGGUAACAAAUCUCGAGUUCUUGAAGGGAUUGCGGUUACCAUUCUUCGUGUUACCAUUUACCGUUUAAAGUAUUCGAAGUUAGAUCCUUGAUAUCAAACGGAGUACGAUUUCUGGCAUACACUUUUAACCCGAAUAAUUAAACAAAAUUUUUUUCUUUGCUCUUUUGGAAGUAAAGAUUGACAGAAUUGGUAACUGCGAUCGAAUUUUACACACGUUGUAUACUAUUAGCCACAAAAGUAUCCGAUCUCGUUACAUAUUCGAUUUUGAGUAAUCGAUCGAUGAUGAAAAUGAUAAUAAA